UUUCAUUUAUUCAUUUUUUCUGGAUGCCACUACAAUAAUAUUAAGGUAGUUGAUUAUCAAUUGUGUGAUAGAAAGUUGGUGUACUCUGUGUUAUUAGAUAAUAGCCCUUCCCGUCAACGAACAAUAUAGUUUAAUUAAAUAAAUAAUGGCUUUUAAAACGACUUUUAAAUGUACAAAUUUGCUUAUAAGACGAUCAGUAAGAACGGUCUUGAGCAAACCGGAAGGAUGGCAACAACUACAUAAACAAAGUGUGCGCAAUUUUACAGUGGGUCUGACCCUGAAACAAGAUAUCAAUGUAACAUUUGUCAGAGCCAAUGGUGAAAAGAUUAAAAGUAAGGGCAAAGUGGGAGAUUCAUUGUUGGAUGUUAUUGUCAACAACAACAUUGAUUUAGAUGGUUUCGGUGCUUGCGAAGGAACACUGACGUGUUCUACUUGUCAUUUAAUAUUCAAACCAGAAGAUUACAAUAAACUACCCGAAAAGCCCAGUGAUGAAGAGUUGGAUAUGUUGGAUUUAGCGUACGAUUUGACAGACACGUCUCGUUUAGGUUGUCAAAUUAUAUUAAGCAAAGACUUGGAAGGUCUGGAGGUACAUGUUCCUGCUACGAUCAAUGAUGCACGUAGUGCGUAACAUUUGAACAACAACCGCACGGCCAAAAAAUAAAGAGAAAGUUUUAAAAACAAACAAAUCUCGGGUUUAAAAUGUAGACAUUUUAAAAACUAUUUUAUUAAGGUGCUGUUCUUUAUUUAAAUUUUAUAUACCUACAUAGUUAAAAUUUCAAAUUAAUUAGGGCAUUUUCUGUUAAUCUAUUAAUAUAUUUUGUUUAGUUUAAAGUUGUACAAACAAAUAAAUGUAUUUUUUUUAACCAGUAAGUCAUGCAUACUGCCGUAAA